GUCAUUGCAAUUUUGCACUUUAAACUUAAAGACUAAGCGCCGGCACACACAUACACACACCUACAAACGCGUUGCCGGAAAUAGUCGAACAGUGAAAGUGAAAAAUUGCGUGGCAUCUUUUAGGCGCAGCUUCGUCGUGUGUGACAUUUGAGAAGAAAACGAGCGUUUUGAGCAAUUUAUUUUGUGCUUACGUGUUUGGCCAUAAAGCAGCUGUUUAAAUGUAUUUUAGUGCUGGCAUUAAGCAACGGCCAGCCCCAUUGAGGGCCGGCAAUCCAUGGAGUAUUCAAACACAGCGCGUUUGAGUAACAACAACAACAACGUCCACAACAAGCCAAACAACAAUUGCAACAACGAGCAGCAGCAACAACAGCAGCCGCAGCAACAACAGUCACAGUUACAACCACAGCAACUUAGUCUAAACAACGCCAAAAGCAGACUGCCCGCCGCCACGUAUUUUAAUUUUGCGCUUAAGCAUAACGACACGCCUCUAACGCCCACAUCAGCAGCAUUGCCCCCAACAACAGCUACAACAACAGCAGGAGCAGUAGCAGCAAUAGUUGCGGGAACCGUUUCGACCACAACAAUUUUGUGCAGCCAACGUUGCCUGUCUACGCCCCCAAAUACGCCGAGCAGCCCAUUGCGAGAGCCGCCACAAAGUCCCGACGGGCACACCUCAUCGCUAAGCUCCAAUUCAGGCUCCAGCGACCUCCUGUUGGGUAAGUAG